GGUAUGUCAUCGAAAUGAAAGCGGCCACGUGAAAAAGACACAGCGCGCGAUCGGAGGAAUCUAAUUCGGGAUCUGAUGCAUGAUCAACGCAGUUUUCUACAUAACCCACAACCCUGCCUCCCCUGCUUCCCUUUCCCUUCUCCGUCAUCCCCGCCCCCGUUGCGGUUUCCCACCGAGAGCAGCGCCCCACUAGCGUGCUCGCCGCCGUCGUCGUCGAUCUCGACGUCUGAGCCCCCUCCUGAGCAGUUUGCCGCCCUUGUUGGCACUGCCCUUCCGCGGACGACAGAAAGCUCCCGCUCUUCUUCCUUCUGCCUCCGCCCCCUCCCCCACGACGAGUGAACCAGGCAUCAAACAAACCUGGCUUUUACGCGACGCGUCUCCACUUCCCGCUUGACGACGCAGGAGAAGAAAAGAAGUCGCGCGACAA